CUCCUCUCUUCUCUUUUUGGUUUUCCCUCCCUCUCUCCCUCCUUCCCUCCUUCUCCGUGCUCCCUCCCCUUGCUCAUCCCUCCCCCUCUUUUUCAUCCUGUUCCUCAUUUCUGGUGCCCCUCCUCCGUAGCCGUUUUGGCUCAAUCCCAGCGCUUGUUUUGGCGCUGAUUCCACACCUUCGUAACCAGAUACUUGACCCUAUUGCGCCCUGGUGGUUCGAAUCACAAUGGCAGGGAAAGUGAGCUUCGCUGCUUUGGCGGGCCUCGCCAGCCAAACAGCGGCGCUGUCGCUCAACCUGCAGAGCAAUGAUACCCUGAGGGCCCUGGAGGAGGGCUUCGUCAGCCAUUGGCGCGGCAUCCCCCUCGAGGAGAUUGAUCCAUCCAAGUACCCGGAGUUCGCGCAGUGGCUCGACAAGGGACUGGACAAUCCGGAAGAAGCCGUUACGGAAUCUUCGGUACUGGCGCAGGCGAGGCAGGAUGCAAAGGGCAACACAGGAGCCGCACAUUUCGCCAACCUCCAAGGAUACAUGGACAAGUGCCAAGCAUCGGAUCCAGAGGUGGUUGAGAUCCCCACAUGGAUGGGCCGCAUGGGCAACAGGGUCUGGCAGGUCCUCAACGCUGUACGUAUCGCAGAGGCGACAGGCAGGAAGUUCGUGAGACUCCCGAAGGCUGGUGGUGGGCUUGACCACCACAUGUUCGGCAACCCUAAGGACCGUCUCAUCGAAAUUGCUCCUUCAAUCCCCCAUCGAGGGUCCUGCGACUUCGUACCAGUCUCCGGAAAGAUGUACGCUUGGCACCACGAUUGCCGGUUCCUUUUCUUCAACAGGUGCCGCACUACUAUCAAGGAGCGCCAGGCGAAUUAUCAGAAGUAUGUUUUGCCAUUGUUGAACAGUGAUGUCAUGGACAAGUGCGAGGAUGGUGCGGACGAUGAGGUUACCCUUCACAUCAGGAAUGGCGACGUGGCCCUGCACAAUGACCUCAAUCCAGACAUGAGACCAGAGCACAGGCAGCCGCCGUGUGCGUAUUUCCACAAGGUCAUUGAGACCGGUUACAAGGGAGGCCCGUUCAAGAAGAUUCAGUUGGUGUACUCCACCGAGGAGCCAGCCAGUCCAUGUAUCGACGACAUCUUGGCGAAGCACAAGGACAAGGUGGUCCUGAAACCGGCAACCAGCCUUGCGGGUGACGUGUGCCAUAUCCUCGCGGCCAAGAACCUUGCAACCACGAUGAGCUCCUUCGCUACCGUGCUCAAAAUGAUGAAUAAAGGACUGCAGCGGCUUUUCUUCGUCAACAUGCUGUCUCCGAAAAUUAUGACGCCAGAGCAGUACGACAUCCAGAUGGACUAUUACGAGUUCAAGGUGGACGAGUUGUGCCAGGUUUUCCCUGAAGUCACGAGCUAUUCGGUGCCCGAGCUAUACUUGGACGAGGGGUUCUUCCUGAAGUUCCCUGACGAAAACUUCGUUGUCGACACCUGCAAGAACCACCCCAAGAAAGCCGCGGCUCUCGUGAAGGAGGGCACCACAGGUGAGGCUAAGAAGAGUUUCUUCAAGCGCUUAUUCCGGUGAGACGAUGUCGAGGGGUUUUCUGCGCGUCGAACGGCGCAUGUGCGUUACGACACCCUCGCAUGCGCAACAAAAAUGGGUAGGGAUCGAGAGGUCCUGGGGGUAGUUCCGUUAUGACAGAUGCCUCCGGUGAGUCACCGCGCCCCAAUAUGUAGGCCGACCCUGCCAAAUCGAGGGUACCCUUGUGCCCUGUACUUCGCGACCCAUGCCUUCUACAUUCCUGUCUUAUCGCGUGUCCUCCCUGAAGGCCCAGGGCGCAGGUGGUGGAUCCGAGCUGGCCUCCCGGCUGGCCCCGGGACCCACCGCGCCUGCCGGGUCUGCGGGGCGUGGCCUGCCGUGCCCGGUGUGCCUCCUUUCGGCGCGGCCCGACGCCGGCGCGAGCCGUCGGCGUCGCGCGCCUCUCUUCGGGGGGUGCUAAUGGACUGGGUGCACGAAGGACUGGCCGACGGCAGUUCAGAGGAGAAAAAGGUACCGAUACAGCUGCCCUCGCCUCGUUUUCGCC